CGUAUGACAUACUCACGCACAGCCCAUGUUUUAUCUCCGAACUCUUUGGUUUCAUCAGCUACUUUGGCCCCCUCUUCUCCUCUUGUGGAUUCCCCAAGCAUACUCUCUCUCAAACACACACACGCACGCUCUCUCUCACACACACAGACACACUCUAUUCUUUCUCUCUUUAUAUUUGUGUCGUGGAGUGUGUUUGGUGUGAACAAUGGCGGCGGCGUUUGGGGCAGUUACGGCAUCGGCGACUGAAAAUGCACUCAAAUCAUCCCCUUAUUUGCCGCUCUGCCAUCGCCAUGUCCUCCGCUCGAGCUCCAAGGGGACAUUUCGCCUCUCUCACAAGCCCAAGCUCCGGUUUUACUCUAAGUGUUUGCAAUCCGGUUGGAACUGUUCUGUUGUGGUGAGAGCUCAAUUGAACAAGGUUGCUGCGGAUGGAUCUGCAGAUGAUGCAUCCACCCCUCCUGCUAAAUCAGAGGUAUCAUCUGCAGAAGCCAAGGAUGUCAAGAACUCAGUUUUGUCUCCACCUACAAUUUUGGCCUCAGAAGAAUCAAUAUCUCAGUUUUUUAGUCAAGUUGCAAGUCUUGUCAAGUUAGUCGAUUCUAAGGAUAUCGUGGAACUUCAAUUGAAACAACUUGACCGUGAAGUUUUAAUACGUAAAAAGGAUGCUUUGCCUCCACCUCCGUCUGCGCAUUCACAUGCUCAACCUGCUGUACUGCCUCCGGUCACCGCACCUUCUCCAUUGUCGACUCCCGCACCUUCUGUUGCACCAACGCCAGCACCUUCUUCUAAAGCUCAAGCAUCCGAAUCGUCUCUUCCACCACUUAAGUGCCCCAUGGCAGGGACAUUCUACCGAAGUCCUGGACCUGGUGAACCACCAUUUGUGAAGGUUGGAGACAAAGUACUGAAGGGGCAGGUUCUGUGCAUCAUUGAGGCAAUGAAGUUGAUGAAUGAAAUAGAAGCUGAUCAGUCGGGAACAGUAGUUGAUAUCCUUGUAGAAGAUGGCAAGCCCGUCAGUGUUGACACCCCUCUCUUUGUGAUCAAACCAUAGAGUGAAUGGAGUGAAAAGCGGUAAUUAUGAAAGCAUGGUGUUUCCCUUGGAAUUGUUUUGAGACCAGCAUUAAACAUUUACUUGCAAGUACUGGGUGGUUUUGCAUGGAUGAGACUUUAGUCAGAAAUCGAAUUGAACGAGUCCUGAAUAAUUUGUUUUCCAUAGUCGUUCUAGAGUUUUAGAUGUCUUCGAAUCAUCUUGGAUGGAUAAGACUACCAUAAUUUUGUUAUUAUGGUCAACAUACUUAUGAUUUGAGGAUUUGGUCGUUAUAAGGUGAAAGAGAUUAAGUGCUUUAUGUAAUUGAAGUUCAAUUUUGUGAAAAUUUAUUUCCUUGAAUUUUUA